AUGUGGUCGGAACAAAAGUUUACAGCACCAAAAGUCUUGGACAUCCCACAGCCUUCAGAGCAGCGCACGUCUCCUUCUCCAAAGACAGACUACAGGAAUGGUUUCACACGACCGGACAGUACAAAACUCACACCUAAUGGAGCUCCUAAGCCAUAUAUACUGUCCAACAGGCCUCCAGUGACUCCAUCAUCUGAUCUACCUGCGUUUGUGAGAGGAAAACCUGCCGAGGAAAAACAAAUGCAAGAGGAAACUGAACCAGGAGUUUGCCUGCAGAACCUGCUAAAGAAAUCACGUGAAUUCAUUGAAAAAGAGCAAGCAAAACCAGGCUCAAAACUCAACAAAACCCCGUCAGAAAGCCCCUCGGAUCCUGUUGGCUGCUUUCUGAAUGGGACUGGUUUUAGUGGCUCCCCCAGUUACACCAUCAGCUCAGAAUGUGGUCUAAAUGCAAACAAAUCCCACCGCGGACGCCCUCGUCCCAUUUCUGCAUGCAGCAUCUUCUUUUCUUUACCUGAAAACCCCAAACCAAACAUUACACCCAAUGCAAGACCACAGGACCUAAAACCAAUCGGAAUGCAGGAAAGGAAGCUGCUUGGGUUGGAAAAUGUGAAUGUAUCUCCUUAUGAGGAUUUCUCCAGGUUGAACGAGACUAUAGGUAGACUGGAAACAUCUCCAGUGGACGCUGAGCUCACGAGUCCUCUAUUUCGGAGGAGAUGCCACACGCUGGACAGCCAUCUGUCCUCACGUCCCGUCAUAGAUAGGAGCCAGGAGCGAAUGCCUCGCUUUAUGGCUGGGGUCACGGUGAGAACGCCAACUCGCCUUUCACCUCCUUCACCAAUGAACAAGAGUCCCGGAGUAGCAUUCAUGGGGUCUGCAGUCAGUCCAGAAUCUCCUUCUCAUGCCAAACUACAAUUCGAGAUGGAGAGGAACAAUGUUAUUAGUACUUCGGUAAAAGACCGAAGGACAGAUGAGAUGCAAUGGCAGGCGCAGGCUCUGGAAGACAUGCAGAGGUCACUGGAGGAAGACUACGCUUUUCGGAUGUCCUGUCUGAUGGCGGAGCAAGAGAGAGAACACCUGGAUUCAGAGGAGCGGGUCAGGAGACUGAGGGCUCAGGGUGGUCUGAGUCCUGCUGUGGGAGAGGAUGGCUGUGCUGACCGAUACCCUAUACUGAGCCCCAUGUGCCCUUUAAGUCCCGGAGACAGAUCCCCGCGACACCCGCUGCAGAAGAUGGGUUUUCCUUCUCCCACCUUUGAUGCAACAUCGCCUUCAAUACAGCCUCCUGUUUAUCUGAGAGGACUGAAGAGCAGAAACAGGCUGAGCCAGGUUUUGACGGUGGAGCAGCAGAGGGCGCUGUUUCGCCUUACUGCCAUCGUCAAGGGCUUCCUGAUCAGACGACUGCUGAAAACUGAGAAAGUUAAAAACCUGCGGCAGACGGUACAGGACACGCAGGAGUUCAUCAGUUCGUUCAGCAGUAACCUGUCAGAGCAGGAUCUGUGUCUGCAGGAGCGUGUCAGAGCCCAGCUACGUGCGGCCUUGUUUGAUAUUCAUGAUAUCUUUUUCACACUCACACUAGAGGAGCGUUUGACUCUGAUCCAACAAGACAGAGAGUUACGCACUGAGAGGAAACUCAGAGAAAUGGAAAAAGCAAAAAGCCCUAAAGACAAGGUGAUUUUCUCUGCUGCUACCCAGAAAUCUCUCGACAGAAAGAAGAGAGUUGGUGAAUCUCCAGUCCAGACCAGAAGAGCUCAGAAAACCAAGAGUCCUCCUACAAAAAGGAUCCUGCAGCCCAGUCAAGGCCAGAAUGCUCCAGUUUCAGGCCAGCAGCUUCUGCGUCGAGGGAGCUACAAAAAGACUCCAGAGGAGAGAGUUCAGCAUUCGGAGAGGUUGAAGAAACAGCAUUCACUAGGCUGACCCCGCAUCAACCCAACAUGGAAAUUAAUAUUGUGCUGAACUUAGAUAAACUUCUAAAAAUAACCCCCGGCCUGGCAUCUCAUCGAAUCAUCACCAUUAUUAAAUGUCAUCAAUAUCUAGUUCUUCCUGCUUCUAAUGCAUCAUACUGCAUUUAAUCAAGAAAUAGAUCUGGAUAAUAUUUCAUAUAGGAUACAAAACAUUAUAAUCCAUAAUUAUAUCAAAAUACUGCCAGAACAUUACUGUCUACGCUACCUGACAAAAGUCUUGUCGUCGAUCUCAGUUGUAAGAGCAACAGA